AUGGGUCUUGAAGUUGGCUGCUAUACCUACGAACUUAAAAAAGGAAGCUUAACAUCAAGAACCAACAGUUUCAAAGGAGACAAUAAUAAUACACACCAGAAUUCUCCUAAGAUUCAUCGGAGUGCCACUAUGGAGCGGUCGUUGAGUUUCAACAGCUGGGAGAUUCCUAAAGAGACCAAGACUGAUUCAGACUUUGAGGUUCUUGAGGCAAAGAAGUCAACUCAUAACACUUUGAAUGGAAGAAACUGUGAGAGAAUCCAGAUAAAGAAACCGACAGUUACUCCACCUGAGCCUUUUGUGUUCUUCUCACCUAGACCAGUCACCGAGCUUGACGCGGCUGCAACUACGCUACAAAAGGUGUACAAGAGUUACCGGACGAGAAGGAACUUAGCAGAUUGUGCGGUCCUUGUCGAGGAGCUAUGGUGGAAAACUCUAGAUGCUGCAGCUUUGAACCUAAGCUCUGUGUCUUUCUUUGAAGAAGAGAAACAUGAAACCGCUGUUUCAAAAUGGGCACGAGCUAAAAAACGAGCUGCUAAGGUUGGGAAAGGCUUAUCAAAAGAUGAAAAGGCUCAGAAAUUAGCUCUUCAACAUUGGCUUGAAGCUAUUGACCCGCGUCAUCGUUACGGCCACAACUUGCACUUCUACUACGAAGUCUGGUCAGAGAGCAAGAGCUUACAACCGUUCUUUUAUUGGUUGGAUAUUGGAGACGGCAAAGAUGUAAAUCUUGAAAAACAUCCAAGAAGUGUUCUUCAAAAACAAUGCAUCAGAUACCUCGGACCAAUGGAGAGAGAAGCAUAUGAAGUGAUUGUGGAAGAUGGGAGGCUAUUGUAUAAACAGAGCAUGACUCUGAUCAAUUCAACCGGAGAAUCAAAGUCGAUUUUUGUACUUAGCACGACUAGAACCUUAUACGUAGGGAAUAAAAAGAAAGGCGUUUUCCAACACUCGAGUUUCUUAUCCGGAGGUGCCACAACCGCUGCAGGAAGAUUGGUCGCCCGCGAUGGGAUCCUUGAGGCUAUAUGGCCAUAUAGUGGACACUAUCUCCCGACAGAAGAAAACUUCAAGGAGUUCAUAAGUUUCUUGGAGGAGCACAAUGUUGAUCUGACCAAUGUUAAGAGAUGUGCUGUGAACGAGGAAUAUUCGUCAUUCAAAUCCACUGCCGACGAAGAAGAAGAACCAAAGGAAGUCUCAGAAGAAGUUGAGAUGCCUUCAGAGCAAGAAGAGAGAGCGAGACGGGUGUUUGAUCCCGCAAAGAGACUGUCUUGUAAAUGGUCAAGUGGAGUUGGUCCAAGGAUUGGGUGUGUUAGAGAUUACCCAAUGGAGCUACAAGCACAAGCACUGGAGCAAGUCAGUCUCUCGCCUCGGGUUUCACCUGCUAAUUCUUACGGACCAAUUCCAUCUCCAAGGCCGAGUCCGAAAGUGAGGGUCUCUCCACGCUUAGCAUACAUGGGAAUCCCAAGCCCUAGGGCUGUAAAAUGCUAA